AUGAGUUUCUCUGCGCCUAUGUCUCCUCCUACAAACCUCUCCCCAAUGGAUAUUACUCCUAGUGGUGGGAGCGACAGCGACAUGUACACGAACCAUUCUACAGACCCAUCUCCCGACUCAAUGCAGUCUGAUGCUCCAACCGCGUCCACAUCCACAUCAUUAUCAUCUCAACAAGCAACAAACAUACCUUCUAAUUCUGUCUCAUUUCCCAAAACGGCAUCAUUGACUACGCAAGUGGUUCCUCCCACUCCACCUGUUCCCCCUACUACCAAGCUCUCGCGUCCACAGCUCACGUCCCGACUCUCAUCUCGCUCUGGAGGCAAGCGCCAUGCAAGCAUCGGCUCUGCGAGAGAAGUUCCCUUUCAUCUGCCUCAUGACACUCCCUCUACUGGUAGUACAGCCACCCUACACUCCCAAGCCUCGUCCAUCGACACCGCCACCCCUGGCUGGAACGCCCGCCUUCGCGACAUGGGUCUACAUAUUCCUGGAAUGGGCUCACCCACGCACCCCUCCAGGACCCCCAAGUCCCCUCGAUCGGGGUCGAUGAGCUCCGGAGGCGCGACACCCAAGAGCCCCGACGAGCCUCGGGCAGCUUCGUAUUUCUCGUUUAGAAAAAGGAGAAGUUCGGGCGGAGCCAGUCCUGGGAAAGUCCGAACUCCCCCCGUCUCUGCUCCUCCCCCUCCUCCUUCUCUUCCAUCUGCUGCGGACGACUUCAAACGCAAGGAAAAGGACAGGGACACCAUGCCCAGCCCGAUUGCUGAGGAAUCAUCUUCAUCCCCGGGUACUAGCUCGAAACGCACGCGUGCCAACUUGUCCCUCGACUUGAGCUCUACCCUCGCCUCUCGAGGAAGCACCGCUAGUUUACCUCUGAUUGGACAUACCCCUGUCGAACAUCUUCUCCAACAAGACGACACACAAAGUAAACCCCGUCGAGCCAGUAUGAUGGCCCCUCCUGCUCCCCCUCCUCACGUUCACACACCACCCGUGCACCCACCGUCGUACGAAUACCCGUUCCUUCCUCACCACGCACCAAGGCAACCGCUUGAAGUUCGGGUCGAAGAGAAUGCUCCUGGUCCUGGGAUGGAAGGAGGAAGUUGGGUAAUUAGCGUUAGGUUGCCUGGAUUUGCACCUGAUGGCAUCACUGUUGGUACCCGACGCGGCAGGGUCUUGAUGAUUGUCGCCGACAACUACAAUGACGAUGAUGGAGGUCAUUUCGAACGACGUAUUUCAUUUGGCUAUGAUGCGGACAUGGCUGCCAUCCGCGCCGAGUUCAACGGAGAUCUGCUACGCGUCACGGUCCCCAGGAGAUGGAUAUUCGGUCCGAUGGGGACGGUAGGCAGGAGCACGACGAUCGGGCACGGACCCGGACCCGGAACUGGAACUAGACCCACCGUAGAACAACCCUCCAAUAAACCACUAGUAGACACCUCGGCGUCCCGAUCGGCCGAGUCGACUCGGCUUCCGGGAAUGUCGUGA